AUGGCGGGCGAACAGGGUGCUGGUGGCGGCAUAGAGAGCAACCGUCGGCAUUUGUCAACAUCAACCCGGGCCAGCGCCGACAACGAACCUAUCCAGGAGACCGAGCCCCAGACAGGCAAGCAGACGCAGCAAGAGGAAACAAAGACUCAGUUCCAGCAAUCGUCACAAGACUCCCCCAGAGGCUUCAACCCACCUUCCAAUACGUCAACACCGCCUACAGCGCCCAUGAUGGCGAGGGCAUCAUCCAACAGCUCGACUAUCUCAACUCCGAGCGCCCCAUCAGACAGCUACUUUGGAACCGUGCCCGAGGUCAAGGCACCUGCUCCCCGGAUCUCUCGCCCCAUCGAGCCUCCAGUGACCAAGGUGACCUUGAGCGAGCUCGACGUGUGUAAAAUAAUGCACAACCCCAAGUUACGCCACGAUAUCAACUUUGACCCCGAACUGCACUUCCGGCCUAAUCUGGAUGGCGACAAGGGCAAGCGGAAACAACACAAGGCCGAUCUGUUCUGGAACACUUUGCAGGAGCAGCUCGCUCAGUUUGUGAGGGAACCGGCGGUUUUCAUCGCUGCACACAGCCAGGAGGACGAUUGGUGUCUUCCUUCCCUGUUGAAGGCGGUUAAAGAAAUAAUACAGACUCUCGUGCCCCAAAGGGACAGAGUCUACCUGGACGAGGGACUCAACGUCGACUUGCUGAUGCAGCAGUUCUACAGAGGCAUUGCCGACUUGGAGAAGCUAGCCCUGUGGCUUUCUAAGGUGCUCAAGUCACAUUGCGCUCCGAUGCGCGACGAGUGGGUGGACCAGAUGUACUCCCAGCUGAGCAACGGCAACAGGACCAAUAACGUGGACGAGCUCGUCAAGGGCAUGAAGAGCUUGCUUAGUGUGUUGGAGGCCAUGAAGCUCGACGUUGCGAACCACCAGAUCCGCUGUCUCCGGCCCAUCCUCAUCGAGGGAACCAUUCCCUUCGAGCGGAAGUUCUUUGAGAAGAAGAUCCACGGCAACAAGCUGGACAUCACCCAGGCCAAUGCUUGGUAUAGGGAUGCCGAGCAGCGAUACGCCGGUUCUGUGUCGCCAGUUGCCGCCCACUCUUUCGGCGAUAUGUCUGUCUUCUUCGAGGCUAUCUCCCGUUUGAUCCUGCCGUCGGUCUCGGAAAAGGCACUGCCCAACACAUUUAUCUUCGAUGAGGAGAGAUUCAUCAAACUCCGUGCCGACAUGCAAGACGCCAUCAAUCUUGAAGUCUGCAUGCGCAUGUACGACGACCUCGAGAGAGUUGGUCGUUUCAAUGCCCCGCUCUUCGCCAGUUCCUUUCCUCAGUUCGACGAUGAACCUCGCAGCCGUCCUUUAUCCAUGACACCCGAUUUCAACUUCAACACGCCCCCUUCUCGCCCCUCGAGUCUGGCGUUUAGCUCCGGCGACUCUGCCACCUCAUCUCCGCGGUCAUCGCUUAUUUUCCCUCCCCAGCAGGGAUCUGAUCCCAUGGAGUCCCUGACCAAGGCCCGAGAUCUCUACAGCUCCCUCGUCGCGCUCCUCCACACCUCACCGCCGCCGCGCAGGCACGAGUCCCGCUGGGGAUCCAUCGCCCCUUCGAUGGCGCUUCAGAUCUUUCGCUUCACCAACGCCCCAGCCGAUAUGCUGCCGGUCUUCGAAUCCAAGCUUGCCUCCCACGUAUGCGACAUCAACAGCCCUCUAUUCCAGGAGGUCGAGCAGCACUUCCACCACAGACUUCUCAUGGAACUCCAGAAGCGAGUCCGAGAAUACCGUGGUUUGACCGGAGUUGGUCUCUUCACUGUCGCUACCGGCGGCCGCGCUCACGGCUCCGGCCGGUCAUGGAGUGGCAGUCCGGAUCGUGAGAGCUCUGUCCCAGACAAUAACCGGGAGUCCCGCGACGACGGCGGGAUCGAAGACAUGGCGACCCGCUUGGCCCAUCUUGGCAUCCUCCACUGGAGAGUAUUUGCCGGCCUUGCGUACACUGAGGACGAACAGGCCGACACUCUGAUGGAAAUGAAUCAGUUCUAA